UAUUCUCUACCAAAAGGAACAAGACAUUAGAAUCUUUUGGACAGUUCUAAACUUGUACAACACUUUCAUGAAUUAUCGUAGUUGUUACUUGUUACUCCACAUAAGCACUACUACUGCUUUUAUUUUGAUUAACAAUGAGGAAAUGCCGUAAAUCCCUUCCAUGGUCCUGCUUCUCUUGUUUAUUACUCUCUUUAUUAUUACCCGAAUUCAUUCAAGCUACAUCAAAUUAAUGUUUUUGCUCUUAAAAAUGGCCAAAGUUUUGGGACAGUUUCAAAGCUUUCCAGACUCAAGCUUUCUACACUUCCUUGUAGAUCUGAUCUUAUUUGCUUGGCCAGCAGCUCCUGACUGAGUCUCCCUAAAAUGCUUCUGUUGUCCGUUUCUGCCAAAAAAAAAAAACAGAUUUACUUCGCUGCAAUGGAGAUGAAUCUACCAGAGUCUCCCAACCACCCGUUACCCCAAUAUUAAAUGCAAGGCCAGAUGUUUCAACGCCAAAGUCAAUUACUUGUCCUCCUCCUCUGGCUGGAUAAUGAAUGGUGAGAAUUAGAUUUAAAGUGAAAAAUAAGCAGAAAUUGGAUACUUUCUCAGUCUGAUCAUGGAGAAUUUUCACGCACAUGAAAUCUUUGUUCAGCUGUUACAUCUUCUCCUCCUCCUUCUCUUAUCCCUUCAAUGUCUUUCUUCGGAUUACACUCCUCCAAGUAAAUACUUUAUCAACUGUGGGUCAAGCUCCACUAUCAGCGAUACCAAGAGGACCUUCGUCGGGGACGAGAGUUCUGACUCCUUCACCUUAUCUCCCAAGCAGGAGGCUGUUGAAGACAGCAGCCCUUCUCCGGCUACAUCUCAACUCUAUCGAACAGCGAGACUUUUCAGAAGCCCAUCCUCAUAUGAGUUUGACAUCGACCAAAUCGGCAUUUACUUGGUACGCCUCCAUUUCUUCCCCUUUUCCUCCCCAACCGAUCUCUUCACUGCUCUUUUCGAUGUUUCGGUUUCUGGGUUACCCGUGUUGCUUCAUAAUUUCACUGUGCAAAACACCAGCAAUCUUCCUCUCAUAAAGGAAUUCUUACUCACAAUUAAUAUCAGCAAAUUAAUAGUGAAAUUUGAACCGUCUCAACAGUCGUCCUUCGCAUUUGUAAAUGCUAUAGAAGUCUUUAUUGCUCCUGAUAGCUUCAUCCCUGAUUCUGCUCUACUAGUUACUCCAGCAGGAAGUAACAAUAGUAGCUACAAGGGUAUAUCCUCUCGAGUUCUGCAAAAAGUUCACAGGAUCAAUGUUGGGGGCAGUGAUAUCGAUCCCGAUUCUGAUACUCUAUGGAGAAAAUGGGUUCCAGAUGACCCUUAUCUUUUUAAUAAGAGCGCUGCAAGAAAUCGAUCUGCCUCUAAAGAGACUAGCUACCAGCGAACGAGUGGUUAUAACGACAGUACUCGUUAUAUUGCCCCACCUCUUGUUUAUAUGAGUGCUAAAGAAAUGAAUAAAAAUGACAGUGAUCCGUUGCAAUUCUUCAACAUCAGUUGGGGUUUUAAUGUGUCCAAGAAUGCUAAGCACCUUCUUCGGGUUCACUUCUGCGACUUUAUUAGUUCAUCUCCAUAUUUAUUGCUCAAUCUCUAUAUUUAUGGCUUCUUCAGUCUGAAAAUAGACAAUAUCCCCUUGGGAGCUCCGUUUUUCCUUGAUUUUGUAGUUGUUUCAGAUGAUUCUGGAUUUCUCAAUGUCAGUGUAGGGCCUCAGAUUGAUUCUCCAAUUAAAAAUGCCUUCCUCAAUGGCCUGGAGAUUAUGGAAAUCAUGGAGGAAUUGGGUUGGGUUUCUAUGGAAAUUGAGUCUAAGAAGAAAACUACUCCUCUCCUAGUUGGUUUAGUUGUCGGAGGUUUGGCUCUCGUCUGCAUUGUGAUAGUUGUGCUCUUGUUGAGAUCAAAAUGCAGGAAGGAAAAGCCUGCUGGAGCUUCACACUGGUUGCCAGUUACUGUUGAUGGGGGAUUGAGUUCCCACGGCAGGGUGUAUGAGGCAACCAUCCAUGGCUCCCCUGUACCUCAUUUAAAUCUGGGAUUAAAAAUACCUUUGGCUGAAAUUCAAUCUGCAACAAAAAACUUCAGCAGCAAGUUGCUGGUUGGUAAGGGUGGAUUUGGCAAAGUGUACCAAGGAACUCUCAGGAAUGGCAUGAAAGUGGCAGUGAAGAGAAGUCAGCCAGGACAUGGCCAAGGCCUGCCUGAAUUCCAGACUGAGAUAUUGGUGUUAUCCAAAAUUCGCCAUCGCCACCUGGUUUCCCUGAUUGGAUAUUGUGACGAAAGGAAUGAAAUGAUUCUGGUUUAUGAAUUUAUGCAGAAUGGGACAUUGAGAAAUCAUCUUUAUGAUUCAGAUUUGCCGUGUUUGUCUUGGAAGCAAAGGCUGGAAAUUUGCAUUGGUGCGGCAAGGGGACUUCACUACCUCCACACAGGUUCAGAAGGGGGAAUCAUUCACCGUGAUGUUAAGUCCACAAACAUCUUGCUUGAUGAAAAUUUUGUUGCUAAAGUUGCUGAUUUCGGGCUUUCAAGAUCAGGUCUUCUCCAUCAAACCCAUGUCAGCACAGCUGUAAAAGGCACCAUUGGAUAUCUUGAUCCAGAGUAUUUCAGGACCCAAAAAUUGACAGAAAAAUCUGAUGUUUACUCUUUUGGUGUGGUUCUUCUGGAGGUGCUAUGUGCCAGACCAGCUAUCAAUCCCUUACUUCCAAGGGAGCAAGUGAACCUAGCUGAAUGGGUGAUGGUUAGGCAGAAGGAAGGAUUUCUUGAACAUGUCAUUGAUCCUUUGCUCGUGGGUAAAGUUAAUCUCAAUUCACUAAGAAAAUUUGGUGAAACGGCAGAGAAAUGUUUGCAGGAAGAUGGCGCUGAUAGGCCUACUAUGGGGGAUGUGGUGUGGGACUUGGAGUAUGCUUCUCAGCUUCAACAAACUGCAAUGCAGAGGGAGCCUUUAGAUGACAGCACAAAUGACGCUGCUUCCACGUUUCCAUUGCCUAAUGUUCAGCGUUAUCCUUCAUAUAGCUUAACAAUUGACGGCACUCAUGUGCCCGCAAGGAGGAACGAUGGUUCAGAGACAACAGAAAGCGAAGUUUUCUCCCAGUUGAGGAUUGAUGAUGGCAGAUAAUUUCAGUGCUUGUGAGGCAAGGUUGUAGACAAUCUUCGUUAAUUACCUUUAUUUCCUGUGUUAUAAAUUAUAAUUGGAAGACUUGAGAAUUGUAGAGCUGUAUUGUAAGUCUGGAUUCUAUAAUCUUUGUACUUCUAUUUUCCUGGCAUACUUUUGUUCACCAAUCA